GGAUCCUAUCACUCUAGAUAAAGGCUACCUCAUGCUCUUCUUGGUCAGCCAAAAGAAGUGCUCUUAAACGAGAGAAGGAAGAGAAGAAAAGAGUAUAGAGGAGAGAUCAAUGGCAAUGGCAGAGAAGGGGGUGGUGCUACUGGACUUUUGGGUGAGUAUGUUCGGACAGCGAUGCCGGAUCGCACUAGCUGAGAAGGGGGUGGAGUACGAGUAUAGAGAGGAGAAUGUUGUCGACCAUAAGAGCCCACUGCUAUUGGAGAUAAAUCCUAUCUAUAAAAAGAUCCCAGUGCUCAUCCAUGACGGCAAGUCUGUUUGUGAGUCCCUCAUCAUUGUCCAAUAUAUCGACGAGGUCUGGACUAACAACCCCCUCCUUCCUUCUGAUCACUACGAACGCGCCAAAGCCCGCUUUUGGGCCGACUUCAUCGAUAAAAAGGUCCAUGAAUGUGGGACAAGGCUAUGGAAGCUCAAGGGCGAGGCACAGGGGGCGGCCAAGAAGGAAAUGAUUGAGGUAUUGAAGCUUUUGGAGGGUGAGCUGGGAGAUAAGAAGUACUUUGGAGGAGAGACCUUUGGCUUUGUAGAUAUAGCAUUGGUGCCCGUCACGGCCUGGUUCUACUCCUACGAGACCUGUGCCAACUUCAGCAUCGAGGAGGAGUGCCCUAAACUGGUGGCCUGGGGCAAGAGGUGCAGGGAGAGGGAGAGCGUGGCCAAGUCCCUUAAUGAUCCCCAUAAGGUCUACGAGUUCAUAUGCUUCCUCAAGAAGAAGUUUGGACUGGACUAAAA